AAGACCACCGUAACAAACCUAGGGCUGUAUCACACAAUAUCACAAAAAACCCAAUCCCCAAAUCCCCAAAUACAUACAUACAUUCAUCCUCUACACUCUCUUAUCCAAUCCAAUCCAAUCCAAUCCAAAACCAUGUCCCUCCUUCAUCUCCAACUCCCAAUUUCCCAACUCAAAUCCCUCACACUCUCCACUUCUUUCCUUCAUGGCUCCACCACCAUCCCCGCCGCACCAUCCCCAACCACCACCACCCACUUGCGCCGUCCCACUUGCCUCCCACCAAUCCGGGCCAUGAGGUCCCUUCAAGGCCGUGUAAUCAACACCGUAAACGACAAAACAGUGAGUGUGGAAGUCACCCGUUUGGCCCCACACCCCAAGUACAAGAGAAGGGUUAGGAAGAAGAAGAAGUUUCAAGCACAUGACCCCGAAAACCAAUUUGAAAUUGGGGAUAUUGUUCAGCUUGAAAAAUGUAAACCCAUUAGCAAGAUGAAGACUUUUUUGGCUAUUCCUGUUCCCAAACGAAAUACCCCCAAAAAGACGCAAGAGGAUCUCGGCAUUCCCUUGGAAUCUGAUUCUAGUGAGACUGUUUAGAAUAAUGCCUGUUUGAUGUUUUUUUUUGUGUGUGUUGUUGUUAAGGUUGUAAUGUGAUGCUUAUGAUUUGAUUAUCAAUGUUGGUGAGGAAUUUGUGUUA